AUGAACCAACUUGACGACCCCCACGCCAAUGCUGAACUUGAGAUCCUUCAGCAGCCCCAAGACAACCCGAACUCGGAAUACAAGGCGGACUAUACCCUCUACACCAUCAAGCCUCUACGAGGCCAAUGCGGCGAUCUCAUAAAAAGUCAAGGCACGGCUGCAAGACUUGCAAGCUGCGCCAUCUCAAAUUCGCGGUCUCCUCUUGUUCCCUCACCCUCCCCUUCCGGCGGCACCUCUCCGUGUCCUCCUGCCACCCUCCCCGAAGUGCUCGUAUCCCGUCCCGCUGCUCAGCCGGUCGCCCCGGUCGCCCCAGCUACUCUGGUUGAUGAUGACCAUGGCAGGAGCAGCAGCAGCAGCAGCCCAAGGGCGCAGGGCCAAACCCUGCCCCUGCUCCUUGGAGAGAAUUAUAGUCUGUUGCACCUGGAAUUAUUAUACCACCUUACCAGUGAAAUGGGCCCCAUCUUGUACGCGGACCCGCGUGAGCACCUCACCAAAAUGGUCAUGAAAGAGGCUUUCCGCACGCCGUACCUCAUGGAUCAGCUCCUCGCCCUUGCCGCCGUCCAUUUGAGCAGUACGGCGGUCGGCGACAGGAAGAAGUUCUACAUGACCGAAGCGACACGGCUACAGACACGCGCGAUAUCUCACUUCAACGCUGAGAAACCUGAAGUCUCCGAAGAUAACUAUCUCGCCAUCUUCAUGUUCUCAGCCUACCUCGGCCGGCAUGCCCUCUUCGAGGCCUUCUCAACCCGACGAGAUUUCUCGACCGUUCUUGAUAAGUUCAUCCACUGUCUUGGCCUCCAUCGCGGUGUUCGUACCGUUGCCGCGAAUUCGUGGCCUAGGAUACAGACUGUCCUCAAGGUCGAGAGAGUAGACCUACGUCCGGCGAGUGCUUUCAUGCCCGAUGACUGCUGCAACUGUCUCCUUGAGAUGAUCGAUCGGAGCGACCUCUCCCAGGACGGCAAGGAGGCGUGUCUCAACGCUGUCGAAUGUCUCCAGCACAUGUUUGAUUAUCACCUACCCAACGGCUUGUCUCCUGAACGGCGCGCCUCGGCGUUCCAGGAGUGGCCUGUCAGGGUAUCUAUCGAGUAUGUUGACUUACUCAACCAGCGGAAGCCGGAGGCUCUGGUCAUUUUGGCUUAUUAUGCAGUGCUGUUGCAUUACAACCGGGGUCACUGGGCGGUUGGGGAUGUGGGGAGCUUCUUUAUAUGCGCCAUCACAACUCAUCUUGGGACAUACUGGGCGAGGUGGUUGGAGUGGCCGAACGAGGUGCUGAGAAAACAAGACGCGUCUCCCCCGGAUGCCGCCACCUCCCAUCUAAAAGACUAUGACGGUGUCAGGUAG